AUGGCGCCGAAGAAAGACAAGAAGCCUAAGAAGUCAACCUGGAAGUUUAAUUUGGAUCUUACUCAUCCAGUAGAAGAUGGAAUUUUUGAUUCUGGAAAUUUUGAACAAUUUCUGCGGGAAAAGGUUAAAGUGAAUGGAAAAACUGGAAAUCUUGGGAAUGUCGUUCACAUUGAACGCUUCAAGAAUAAAAUCAUAGUCGUUUCUGAGAAACAGUUCUCUAAAAGGUAUUUGAAGUACCUUACCAAGAAAUACCUUAAAAAGAACAAUCUUCGUGAUUGGCUUCGUGUGGUUGCAUCUGACAAGGAGACUUACGAGCUUCGUUACUUCCAGAUUAGUCAAGAUGAAGAUGAAUCUGAGUCUGAGGACUAGAUGAUGCCAUCCUUCAUAGGGCUUUGCUUGCUAAUAAAACUAAUUAAGCAUACAAAAGAAACAUCUUGAAAUGGACCUUUAGGCUAUCAGUGAAUAAAAAACAUUACUCUGUAUGUUAAACAUUCAUCUUUUAUUUAAGUGUAUGCUGUUCAUACGGUGCUGGUUUUCCUUUAAUACUUUUUUAUAAUUUUAUUGGAGUGUAGUUGAUUUACAGUGUUGUGUUAGUUUCAGGUAUAUAGCAAAGUGAAUGAGUUAUAUAUCCACUCAUUCUUUUGUCAUAUAGACCAUUACAGAGUACUGAGUACAGUUCCCUGUGCUAUAACAGCAGUUUUUUAGUUAUAUGUUUUAUGUAUGCUAAGUUGCUUCAGUUGUGUCCAACUCUGCAAGCCCAUGGACUGUAGCCCGCCAGUCUCCUCUGUCCAUGGGAUUCUCCAGGCAAGAAUACUGGAGUGGGUUGCCAUUUCCUGCUGUCAUCUGUUUUAUGUAUAGUAGUGUAUACAUGCCAGUGUCAGUCUCCCAGUGUAUCCUUCUCCCCCGUAUCCCCUGGUAAUCAUAAGAUUUCUGCAUCUGAUUUCUGUUUUGUAAAUAAGCUUUUGUCCACCUGCCCCCAAAUAAUUUGUAUAAGCAAUAUUUAAAUAGCUUAUAGCUAGUGGAAUUUCAGGAUUUAUCUAAUGUACUGGUUUUACAGACGUCCUCAAGUUAAAAGUAUAUAGCAAAAACACAGUUGGGUGUAACUAUAUAAUAAAAGAUUUGAUCAACAGUC